UGGAGGCCGACUUUCAGCGGGGAUUCCCCCAGCCUCCAAUUUUGGCCUCUAACAUGGGAAUUCCCCUGAAAGUGAACCUAACUUGUGCAGCAAAAGAAUGGAUAUCCAUGGCAACGAAGCAAUGGCCAGAUUCGCAGCUCAUGUUCAUCCGAGAUAUCAUGAUAUCCGUGCUUGAAAUAAAAAAUAAAAUCAAAGCGGAGGUGUAUUCGCCACGUCCUUGAAAUUGGGCUGCAAGGCAGAUGCUAGUUCUUGUGUUGGCCUCUUCUUUGUUUGCAGUGGCAAGUGAAGCAGCUAUUGAUACACCAGGAGAUUAACUAGUGAGCGUAUUUCCUCGGGUACCAGCAGCGUGAUUUAGUGAGGAAGUUUUUGUUCGAUAGUAAUUUUUUUGUAGUUUGGCAGAAGCUUCAAUCCACUUUUCCGUCAGAAAGCCGACUUGCUGAGUGACGAUGGCUUCAGAUCGUGGAAUCGUGCUUGGGAUUUCCAUCGGAUCUACCAAGGGCUGCGUGGCCAUUUACAAGGAUGAUAUGCCGGUGGUCGUUGCCAACGAUGCAGGUGACCGUGUUACUCCCUGCGCCACUACCUUGUCUGGCAAGGAAAACUCGCUGCGCGUUGCCACACGCCAGGAGGUGGUCAAAGGCACCGGCCUGAUCCAGGGAACGCUGCAGCUACUCUGUAAAACGUAUGAGGAAGUAUCAAAAUCUUCGUUUGUCUCCCGGCAAAUCUGUGAGGUUUCAGAGGGACCCAAGGGAAUGCCCGUGUUCAGAAUAUCAGCGGAGAAGUCCUUCACGUUCACGCCACGCGAUGCCGUGACCGCUGUGUUUGCCAAACUAAAAGAGUCGGCCAAAUCCGCUGCAGGACGUGAAGACGCUAAGGAUUGUGUAAUUGCAGUGCCCGUAUCGUUCACUGUUCAGCAGAGAAGAGCCUUACAGUCCGCCGCUGAAAAGGCUGGCCUGAAUGUGCUCCGACUCCUCUCAGAGCCUGCCUGUGCACUGCUCGCAUAUGGCAUUGGUCAGCAAUCGUCACCAAAUGCUGGGAAUGUGGUGGUGUAUGACAUUGGAGCGACGAGUGUCAACGUGUCCGUCGUCUCAGUAAUGAGCGGUCUGUACCGCGUGGUUGCCGAGCAUAGCAACCCCAGCCUUGGUGGUCGCAACUUCGAUACGGCGGUGGCGAAGCAUUUUGCCUUUGAGUUUCAAAGGAAAUGGAAAAUGGACAUGACAGAUAACAAGCGCUCGAUGGCGAAAUUGCGCGCUGCAUCUGAGCUGUGCCGUCAGAGCUUGUCGUCGCUGAACACGGCAUCUGCCACUGUGGAGUCGCUCUACGACGGCAUGGACUUCCAGAGCAACAUGUCGCGGUCUCGAUUCGAAGGCAUCUGCGGGCCACUCUUCCAGCAGUGCCUGGAGCCAGUGAAUCAAGCCUUGGCCAAAGCUGGAUUGGCCACGACUGACAUAUCUAAGGUUGUCAUCACAGGUGGCUGUGCACGCACUCCCAAGCUGCGGCAGUGGCUGGACAGCUUCUUCCAGGGCAAGGCGGAAGUGCUGUCCUCCAUCUCGUCGGAAGAGGUCAUCGCUACUGGUGCUUCCCUACAGGCUAAUCUUCUAGCCUCGAAUGUGGACCGAGACUUGGAAGAGUGCCUGGAGAUGCAGAGUGAGAUGCCAUGUCUGAGCUGUGGUCUUGCUAUUGCGCUUGGAACAGCUGAUGGCGGCAGCGCGCAGCUGCAUCCUGUCUUCCCCGUCUCCACUCCUAUACCGGCACGCAGCAAGCUCACACUCAACGUCAAGCCCGAUCAGACAUGUGCAGUCGUGACCGUGUGUGAGCACAGCCCGGCUUCCGGUGAGCCAGCACGGCCAGUCUUGCGGGUUGUGCUGAAGGAUCUCCCCGCAACUGAACAAGACAAAGAGAUCGAGAUCUCGCUAUCUGUAGCACAGUCUGGAGUGCUGAAGGUCUCAGCUAAGGAGCUAUCAUCCAAGAUCAGUGCACAAGUGUCCACGGAACCCGUACAGAAUGGUCUUUCGCCAGGUGACUGAAGUACUACUGCAAGUGGCCACCAAGCGCUACUCAUGCGUUGCCUCCGCUCCGAAUGAGACUCCUCCUUGACGCGUCGUCGUGUGCGUGCAUUCUAAUUUAUCACGACAUUGGCAGCAGCACAGUGACCCAACACCAUACAUUGCUGUGCUAGCAGUGGCCAAGUGCAAUGUGAUGCCUACUGACCAGACAUGCUCUGCAUGUUUCUACCCAGAUCACCAUCAUCAUCAUCAUCACGCGACACUGCUCUGCCAAUGAGGAUGAAACGGAAAUUCAGUAGACAGUAACUGCUCCGCUGGGACGCUAACACAAUGUUACAUAGGGUGCCAUCCACGCCUCUGGCGAAACAGCUCUGAAGUGCUACACACUCAGCUGUGAUUCAAGCCCAUCAUGUGUCCCCCUUCUUGUACCUUUUCUCUUCUCUUCUUUUUACUCUUUAGAAGCUUUUAAUUACAUUGCCUAUACGGACCUAUAAAGUAUGUACAUUGGUUACGAAAUGGUGAAUUUUCAUGAAAGUUAGUUUUUCCAUUGAAUAAUUAUUAUGAAGAUGAA